AUGCCAACACAAUCAUCUGAUCCCACAUCAACCACCUCUUCACCACCUAUUCAAUUACGAGUCCGAAUUGCCGACAACUCCAAAAUCAAAGAUGAAAAAUUUGUCAUGAUGGACUCUAGUAUAAUACCGAGUUUGGAUGAAUUCGGAAAGAUGGCAAAAUCCAAGCUAAAUUUGAAAAAGAAAAUUGUUGCAAUAUAUAAUGGAAAGACAGGCCAAGAAGUCUUGGAUCAAAAUUACUUUUCUAAUUUAAUUUCUGAAUUUGUUCAAGCAAAACGAAAUCAAUUGAAUAGUUCAGGAAAUUUAGGAACGUCUUCCAAACCAUCGAAUGACCUUUUCUUUGUCUUUUCAACCAAUGAAAAACAAAAAUUUCAAGGAAAGGUCGAAACAAGCCAAGCUCCGACCUUGCAACAGCCGUCACAAACAGAAAUUUCAAAUAACACUGCUAUGAACACACACCAAUUACCUCCUGAAGUGACCAUUCUCAUCAAGGAUAGUUGGCUCGAUGAUGGAGCCAUUAAGCAACUACAAGAAACAGCUCGAACUCUCAAAGGAGCUCGGCGUUUAGUCGGUGAACCAGACCUCCACCCCGGCAAAACCUUUCCUGUGGGCGCAGUCAUUGCCACUCAACAUUACAUUUAUCCACCAUUGGUAGGAAAUGACAUUGGUUGUGGAAUGAGUUUAUACAAGACAAAUUUAUCGUCAAGUACUGGUGUGAAACAGUUAGAAAAAUGGGUCAAACGAUUGCAUGGACUGGAGAGAGGAGGAAUUACUGGCGAUGAAACAAGACCAGUUCUUGAUAUUGAGAAGGACCUGUUUGAAGUGAGCAUGACAACAACUACUCGAUCGAUUCCUUUUGAUCUAAGUAGUAGUGAUAAUGAUGUCCAUGAAGACAACAACAAAUCAUUCAGCAUUGAUUCUCAAACACAUUCCUCUGUAGUGCUGCUGGAUGACAAACACACGUCCAAUUUUAUUGAACGAUAUUUAAAAUAUUUUCAGGUCGAUUUGGGAAGUUUGGCUGAUGUAACACCCUCUCUCGAGGAACUCAAUCAGCUUGAAAAGGAACAAGCAGAAGAUUCAAAACAGCAACCAUCACAGUCCGAAACUUCACAACACACUCACACCUAUGAAAAUAAGGCUCUUGAAUUUGCUCUUCGACAAUUAGGAACAGUGGGUGGUGGUAAUCACUUUGCAGAAUUACAAAUCAUUGAAAAGGUUUGCAACUCGAAAAUUUUCCUUCAAGAACUUGGCCUUACUGAAGAUUUAUGCUACUUGAUGGUUCACAGUGGAAGUCGUUCUCUUGGAGAUCAUAUUUUGGGCGAACAUGAAAAAAAGUUUGGAAAUGAAGGAUUAUUAUUUGACUCUCCCGAUGCUCAAUAUUACUUGAAGCACCAUGACAAUGCAUGUAGAUGGGCCCAGGCAAAUAGAGGUCUCAUUGCAAGAAAAUUUUUGUCAUGCCUUAAUGGAACCGGUCAACAAAUUCUUGACAUUUGUCACAACAAUGUCGUUGAAAAACAAAUCGGAGAUGAAAAAUUAUUUAUUCACAGAAAAGGAGCUGCUCCAACGGAUCAAGGCUAUUUUGUUAUUCCAGGUUCAAGAGGCUCCUUUUCUUAUCUUGUUAGAGGACGUGAGGAAGAUGUCACGAGUCAAAUUCGAUGCAACUUCAGUGCAGCUCAUGGAGCAGGUAGAAAAUGGAAGCGUUCCAAAUCGGUAGGAAUGUCCAGCAACACUAAAGAAAAUAUUCAAUCCUUCACCACCACGGAACUAGGCUCAAAAGUCAUUUGUGAAGACAAGACGCUUCUAUUUGAGGAACAACCUGCAGCGUAUAAGGAUAUCGAUACAGUAAUUUCAGAUUUGGAACAUUUUGGAGUGAUUGAGGUGAUAGCCAUUUUGAGGCCUUUGAUUACUUACAAGAUGAGAAGUUGUUGUUAUGAAUAG